UGCCUUUCACUGCCACAACCAGCAACUCGAGGCACUAGUGUGAACAACCCGCUCUGCCACGCCACCACCACAAGCCGCUGCAUCCAUGUUGGGGCAAGGAGCCGUACAGCAGCAAGAGUGAGCUGCCAAACGACCAGCGCCCGUCCUUAUCACCCAGAACCACGUCGCAGCAUUGUCCAUGGAACUACGUCACCGUCCGAGAGCUGGGCAUACAAUGACGGAGUGUCGCGCCGCGCACCGGUGGUUGCGUCGCCACGUCGAGUGGGCUAUGCCACAAGUGGCAUGACACGUCCCGUCACGCGCGGAGGCAUUUGCCCUACCACACCACGGGCACUGUGAUGUGAAUCGUCCCUCUCACCACGUCUGGCCCUGCCCUACUCCACGAUUGCGUCUCCCAGCUGAGAGCGCACACACCGUCUUUUCCAGGUACCCCCCCCCCCCCCCCCUCCCCGUCCGCGUCCCCGCGCGCCAUGAAUCUGGUGCGCAAGAUCCGCCAGCUCAGCGCGGACCGCCGCUCUCGCCGCAGCGCGGCAAGCGCCACCAGCCGAGGAGGGAGCGAGGACGUCUGCACCAGCGGCGGCGGCGGGCCCGGAAGCUGCGCCUCGUGGGCUGACGUGUCGUGUGUCGUAAGUAACACAGCCGCGUCGCCACCCCGGGAGGCUCCGCCCGCGGACAACCGCAAUGCCCCCGCUGAGCCGCUACCCGGCGGCGGAUGUAGCUCGGCUCGCGAGUCUCGACGGUCGUUCGAGCUCCCUCCGCUCCGGGCGUCGCCGGGCCGCAACGGAGCGAUCACGCCGCCCCCCGUGGCCGGGCGCAUCUGCCUGAGCAGCAGCUACGACUCCUCGCACCGCCCCCCGCUCCCUGUCCCACCCGCCUCGAGCGCCGCGCACCAGCUGCACUCCACUGCGGACGGAGUAGCUCCAGUCAGCCGGCUCGGGAGACGAAACGCGCCGAUCGGGGGGGAGGAAGAAGCGCGGAAUGCGGGGGAGGUCGGAGAGGCGGCUGCGGAGAGCGGGCACGCUCUGAAGGGGAAGGGGAAGGGGAAGGGGAAGGGUACUGCGGAGGGGAUGGUGGCACGGGGAAAGGCGGAGCCGCGGAGCGAGGAUGCGGUGGGCGACGGCAGGUCGUGCGACGAGGGGGAGUUGUCGUCGUGCGAAGAAAUCGCAAGUGACGACGGGGGUUUGACGCCACCGCCGCACUUUGCGGGCCAGCAGGAGCACUCGCGGACAUUCCACCUGUACGCAGGUAGCAACGGCAGCGCCGGCGGCGGCAGCGGCGCGGGAAACGCCGCAGCGGGGGCGAGCGGCGCGCACGGCGCGGGGCUCGCAGGGCAGAAUAACGCGCGCGGGGACGGCGCGGGCAGCGGGAGCGGAACGAAUUCCCUGUCGGCGUGGCGGUGGCACCAGAGCAAUAAGGUGGCGGAGUGGUUGCUGGCGCUCCCCGCGGACCUCGCCCCGCCCUGCGACUCCGACUUCUCCUCGCUGCUCGACCCCCCCCACGCGCACGCCGCCGCUAAUGGCGCCGCUGCCGACGCGCCGAAGAGAGACCACGGAACCGGGGGGAAGGGGGGGGAGGGUGCGGGACAGGUGCUGGGGGAGGGGGCGCAGGGGGCAGCGGGAGUUGGGGCGGAAUCGGAAGUGGUUAUCACCUCUGCUGCUCUGGGCGCAGCGGCGGAAGCGUGCGCGGAGAGGCAGGGGGGGCUGUCGCCAGUGAAGGUGGUGGCGGGGGGGACGUCUGGGGGGGUUCAGUCGUGCACUGCGUCGGGCACGCCUAGCCCCAGCCAACCGAGCCCGCGCGCCGUGGUCGGCGGAGGCGGAGGCGCGGAUGAGAAGGGAGGGGAGGGUAAGGGACAGGAGGAGCAAGAGCAGGCGGAGGUUGCGGAGGAAUUGGUGGAGGGGACGCAGGGAGCGGUUGGGGGAGACCAGCAGCAACAGCAGCAGCAGCAGCAUAUACCCCUGCCAAAGCGCCCACCCCGCCAGCCCGAUGACGUGGAAGGCAUGGUUGCUGACCUGGCACCGCUUUGCAGCACUGGCGACGGCGGGGCAGGCGAGAGCGCAGCAGAGGCGGCGGAGCGGCAGGUGGGUGCUGCUCGCGCGCUGAGGCAGCUGGCGCGCGGAGGGGAGGAGACGCGUGACUCCAUAGUGGCUGCAGGCGCCGUUCCAGCGCUUGUGCUCAUCCUGCAACACGCUGCCGACGCUGCUGCUGCCACUGCUGCUGGUGCUACUGGUGCUGCAAGUGUAGGUGCGUCCGUUAGCAACAGCGGCAGGAAAGAUCCUGCUGGUGGUGGUGCUUCCAGCUCCGUUGCUGUGCUGGCAAACCCGUUAGUGGACUACUCGAUAUCAGCGCUGGUGAACCUGAGUGUGUGCCGGGGCAUCAAGGCGAUCAUCAACGAUGCGGGCGCUGUGCAGCCCCUCAUUGUUCUGCUGCGCGGUUCCGCCGUCCCCAUCACUUCCACCUCCCCCUCCCCCUCCCCCUUGAUAGGAGACUCUGACCCGCGCUCAGACGCCCACAGCCGCAGUUACACACAUGGCCACGGGCACUCACAGAGCCAUUCCUCGCGCCACUCACACUCCCACUCUCACUCGCACUCCCACACGCACACUCACCUACCAACCCACAGCCACGGCCACCAGGCAUCCGCUCCAGCUCCCAGCCUGUCGUCCCCUGCCGCGCUACCUCCCGCCGCCACGUCCCCGUCCACGCGCGCCAAUGCAGCCGUGGCGCUGUACUCUCUGUCGAAGCUCGACGACGCCAUGCGCGCGCACAUGGGCGACCUGGGUGGCGUGGAGGCGCUGGUGGGCUUCCUGGCGGACGGCAGUGUGAGCAAGGGGCGCAAGGACGCUGUCACCGCGCUGCACAGCCUCUCCACCGUCGCCCCCAACCGCCCCAGGCUCGUGCGCGCCGGCGCCGUGCCCAUGCUGCUCGACUGGGUCGCUGCCAGCAAGAAACCCGCCGGCGCCGGCGCCGCCGCUGCUGCUGGUGCUGAUGGUGCCUGUAUAGCUGCUGGGGGGAGCGUGGUGGGCAGCCAGAGGGGCAUCAGCGAGGAGGACGACCUGGUGAUGGUGGAACGCGCGCUGGCAGUGCUGGCGCAGGUGGCGGCGUGCGAGGAGGGCCGCGCCGAGAUGGCUGGACGGGGCGGAAUCGAGACGCUGCUCGUUCUGGUGCAGAAUGGAGGGGGCCCCUCGGUGGCGUGUGCGGAGUACGCGGUGGCAGCGCUGCUGGCCCUGGCGAACAGCAGCUCCACGCUGCGCCGCAAGCUGCAUAGCCUCAACCUGGGGCCUGCGCUCACCCAACUGGCUGCCAGCUUCAGCCCCAAGGCCAAGGGCAAGGUCAAGAAGCUCCUGGACAUACUUCAUGUCCACUGAAGCAGCCAGCCAUCCAUGACAGUCGCUGCAUGCUCUUCUGCUUUCAGCCUGACCUCCCCUCAGAUAGCCCCUGCCACUCAUGCAUGUGCACCUCUUCCUUUCAAGCCCGCCUUCCCAAUAACAUUCACUGCGGCCCGCCUUCCUUUCAAUAGUAAUUAUUUCAUUUUUUCUCCAACCUCUCCCUACCAUUCGCUCGCCAUCAGCCCCUUUCGGCCCAAGACCUCUUCUCUCUUUCUCUCUCUCUCUCUCUCUCUCUCUCUCUCUCUCUCUCUCUCUCUCUCUCUCUCUCUCUCUCUCUCUCUCUCUCUCUCUCUCUCUCUCCCCCUCUCCCCCCCCCCCCUCACCCCCCUCCCUCUACCCACUUGCCUGCUUCCCUCUCGCACUAGCUUGCUCCCUUCAACCGCAUGUCCUCUGAUGUAUGAGUCCUCUGCCUGUCAUGACGUGCCUCAACAAACCUCUGGCCUGUCUGGAGAUAACCGCUGCUACCAGGCUUGACAACCGCAAGGUUAGAGCUACCCGUCCCACCACCAGCAGUUCCCCACAAUCGAAGUUGUAACACAUCACAUGAUGUGCUUGCGUGUGUAUUGAUGGCAAACGAUGGCUGGAAUUCCGCCCUGAUUUGUUUUUUCUUGUUGCUUUGUUUGUCCAAGGAAAUAAAACGCUUGCUUCCAAUAUGGUACUUAU